UAUAAAUACGUGUUGAUUUUCAUAAUAAAACGAUCUGUUGCCUGGCCCUUGUCUUCUGUUGUUACAUUUGGUGUCGCUGCCUACCGACAAAUGAAAAGCCUAUACCCUGCAGUUUUUGAUGGAGACAUAUGGAUCUUCGGGCAGGACUUCAAGGCUUCUGCGCAGUUGAGUGGCGUUCAAGAUCUGUCAGCGAUGGAGCUGCUACUUGGGACGCUGCUGGGAGGUCGGGUGAAACCAGCAUAUGAAAGUGUGAGCCGAAGUAUGGACGAAUGUUCGACAGGGUCAGGCAAACAGUUUCCAAAGUGGGAAGGACCAUAUAUGGUCACUUCGAGAUGGGGUUACGCAGACACAGUCGCAAUGGCAAACAAUGAGAGGCGCGUGAACGUCAGCGAGCUCCAGAAAUGGAUACAGCGAGACAAGCCAACGAUGACGCCUGCACCAAGUAGAUCAAGCCGACUUCAGUCGCACGUAUUUCACGGGGGGACGAGUGUGGUGAGAGCAGGCUGCUAGCCGAUUGGUUGGCACUAAUCUACGUUAAGGUCUAGGUCACUAAUAUGGGCCGUGAGAAAAUAUGAACAAGCCUGAGUCAACAACCAAUCACAGCAAAGUUAACCUGGCAAAAUGUGAUUCGCAGAGAGAACUCUAUUUGUCAAGGAAUCCCGAAACAACCAAUCAGAAGCCUGCGUUUGUCUACCUAAACAACCAAUCAGAUGACUGCGCUUGUCUAUAAUAAUGUAGUUGAAAGAUGUAUAAAUACGUGUUGAUUUUCAUAAUAAAGCGAUCUGUUGCCUGGCCCUUG